AUGAAUCCAUAAAUGUUAAACAAAUCUAUAUCAUCAAAGUCAACAACUUAGAAACCAGUCUUCAAAAAUAUUUUGCUAGAAAAGUGGGAUGAAAGAUAGUAGAGAUUGAUAAAGACUUAAAUUGUGAUUAAAAUUACAUAAGAUAAUUAAAUCAUGUACUUUUGUAAUGGAAGAUUAUUGAGAAUGUAAAUGACUAUUUAUUACCUUUGAA